CACGUUUCGCUGACAUCACGGCGGGUGCCGGAGCAGCCGGGGGCCAGCAGCCCCGCCGCCACGGCCGCUGCGCACCCGCGCCUGCCCGCCCGCGCCCCCGAAACCGCCGCUCCCCGGCACCGGCACCUCCGGCCAGGAUGGCUCCUCAGAUCUAGCCAGGGAGGCCAGAGCAGUGCCGGAGAUCCCUGUCCAAGUGAUGGUGGGACCAGGAUAGAGGAGCUGCUGUGAGGAUGUCUGAAGCCAAGACACUGAGCUCCUCUUGCCUCGUGCUUUCCUUGCUCUCCUUGCACUGGGCUUCGCUCCAGCUGGGCCAGGCUUUUCCCAGCACCUCCGACUACCUCCAGCGGGGCUGGCAGCGGCUGCUGGAGGAAGGAGAGGGCUGCGUCGAGUGCCGGCCGGAGGAGUGCCCGGCACCGCGUGGGUGCCUGGCUGGCACAGUGCGGGAUGCCUGUGACUGCUGCUGGGAGUGUGCCAACCUGGAGGGACAGAUCUGCGACCUGGAUAACACCAACCACUUCUAUGGCAAGUGCGGGGAGCACCUGGAGUGCCGGCUGGAUGCCGGGGACCUGCGGCAUGGAGAGGUGCCCGAGCCCCAGUGCGCCUGCCUCUCCCACCUGGCCCUCUGUGGCUCCGAUGGCAAAACCUAUGCCCAGAUCUGCAGGUUCCUGGAGGUCGCCCGUGCCCACCCCGACGCCAACCUCACCGUGGCCCACGAGGGUCCCUGCGAGUCAGAGCCCCAGAUCACCUCUCCUCCCUAUGACACGUGGAACAUCACUGGGCAGGAUGUCAUCUUUGGCUGCGAGGUCUUUGCCUACCCCAUGGCGUCCAUCGAGUGGAGGAAGGAUGGCACGGAGAUGCUGCUGCCUGGAGAUGACCCCCACAUCUCUGUUCAGUUCAGAGGUGGCCCCCAGAAAUAUGAAGUGACGGGCUGGCUCCAGAUCCAGGGUGUGCGGGUGACGGAUGAAGGCACCUACCGCUGCUUUGCCAGGAACAGGGUUGGGGAGGUGGUGGCGUUAGCCAGCCUGACUGUCUUCACGCCCGAUCAGCUCAACGUGACGGGCUUUUCCCCGCCGAAGCCCCGCACGACGCCCGAGGACUACGGGGAGAGUGAGGAGGACUAUUACUAGCCUGGAGACGGGAUGUCCAGCUGCAGAGAUCACCUUGCCCACGGUGGCCGUUCCCGGGGGUUGGGAACAUCACCGGAGCAAGCACCCCCCAGCCCAAAACUCCUUCUCUGAACAGUCUUGGCACGCCAGCCUCUUUUUUGGGGUGGGGGACAGGGUGACACAUCCCUUUGCUGGGGGGUGCUCGGGGAGGGGACGCUGGCUGGUUGGUGGCACAGGGCUGGGACUGGGGGUGGCUCCGCCUGGGGCGGGAUGGGUCUGUCCUCUGGCCAAGCAGGGAUGCAGUGGCAGGUGGGACGCUGCGGGGACAGCCACACCACGUGUGAUUAGGACUUGGUGCUGGGGCUGGAGGCAAUCCCCCC